UUCCUGAACCGGAGAUUCAUUCCGGGGCACCUGACGUCACGCCGCCGCUCUCUCCUGCCUCGAGCCCGUCCCUUCAUAUUCCGCUGCGCGUGAGUGUGUGCGCGAGCGCUUCUGCAUGCACACACAGCAUCAGCAUCAUCAUAGAGACAGACCUGCGAGCUCUUUACGCGCGCUGGAAACACGCAGUGAUUCUGCUGCUCUUGUGCUUUUAAUAGUGCAGCCCAGCUCCGGUGAUCAUCCGUAAGGAGAGGGCGGGCUUCUGGAUUAUAUCUCUGGUGCUUAUAGAUGAAUUCACAGGCGGUACCGAGCCGGUGAGACCCGAUUUAAAACCUGGACCCGACAGUGAUGUUGAUCAGGUUAUGAGUGCACUUACAGCUUGGUGAUCCACAGAUAAGCCAAUGAGAGGAUGGCCAGAGGUCACAUGAUCUACAGAAGCGCCUACCAGCUGAUUCUACUGAGCGUGCUCCAGCUGGCACAUGCGCAAUCUCCUCCUCAGUUCACUCGGACGCCUGUUGAUCAGAUAGGUGUUCAGGGGGGCGUGGCCUCCUUCGUAUGUCAAGCCACAGGAGAUCCGCAGCCUAGAAUCACAUGGAGCAGAAAAGGCAAAAAAGUCACCAACCAGAGAUUUGAGGUGAUAGAGUUUGAGGAUGGGUCAGGGUCUGUGUUGCGAGUGCAGCCUCUGCGGACCCCCCGUGAUGAGGCUGUAUAUGAAUGUGUGGCAUCUAAUGAAGCAGGAGAGAUCAGUGCCUCCACACGGCUCAGCGUGCUCCGCGAGGACCAGCUUCCCGCUGGUUUCCCGUCUAUAGAUAUGGGCCCUCAGCUGAAGGUGGUGGAGCGUUCUCGCACUGCUACCAUGCUGUGUGCAGCCAGCGGAACACCUGACCCUGAGAUCACCUGGUUUAAAGAUUUCCUCCCCAUAGAUACAUACACUCACGGCCGGAUCAAACAGCUACGCUCAGGUGCACUUCAGAUUGAUCAGAGUGAAGAAACUGAUCAGGGUAAAUACGAGUGUGUCGCGACCAACAGUGAAGGAACGCGCUACUCAGCACCAGCUAACCUUUACGUCAGAGAGUUAAGAGAUGUGCGUCGCAUCCCUCCUCGCUUCUCAGUGCCACCGAUGGAUUAUGAGAUCAUGCCGGGAGGAAGUGUGAAUAUCUCCUGUCAGGCAGUGGGCGUUCCCAUGCCAUAUGUCAAAUGGAUGCUGGGAUCAGAGGAUUUGACUCCAGAAGAUGACAUGCCUAUUGGGCGGAAUGUUUUAGAGCUCACAGAUGUAAGCCAGUCUGUCAACUACACGUGUGUGGCCAUGUCGACUCUCGGAGUUAUUGAAACCAUUGCCCAGAUCACAGUUAAAGCCCUUCCCAAUCCUCCAGGAGCUCCAGUUGUCAUGGAGCGAUCUGCCACCAGCAUUACUCUAAUGUGGGACAGUGGAAAUCCACUUCCUGUAUCAUAUUACAUCAUCCAGUAUCGUCCCGCCUCCUCCACCGACCCCUUUAAAGAAAUUGAUGCCAUAGCAACAACUCGUUACAGCGUGGGUGGACUCAGCCCCUACUCACACUACCAUUUCCGGGUUAUGGCGGUGAAUUCGAUCGGCCGCGGCCCGUCGAGUCAGACUGUGGAAGCUCGCACGGCCGAACAGGCACCUAGUUCUCCUCCUCGUCGCGUCAGAGGCCGGAUGCUGAGUGGUUCCACGGCGAUGGUGCAGUGGGAGGAGCCAGAGGAAGCCAACGGUCAGGUGGUUGGUUACAGGGUGUAUUACACGUCAGAUUCGUCGCUGCUUGUGAACCAGUGGGAGAAGGAAAUGGUUCGAGGGGCCAAUUUUUUGAACAUACGAGACCUGACACCGAACAAAACCUAUUAUAUUAGAGUUCUCGCCUUCACCGCAGUGGGAGAUGGACCUCUUUCCAACGAUCUGCACAUCAUUGCCAAGACAGGAGUCCCAUCCCAGCCCACAGAGCUGAAGGCAGAGGUGAAAUCAGAGACCAGCAUUCUUCUGUCGUGGAUCCCUCCUGCUCACAGCGGCACAGAUGCCAUCACUAGCUAUGAGCUCAUUUACAGGCUUGGAGACCAGCCAGAGCAGAAAAUAUCAUUUGAUCCCAGCUCCAGUUAUCUGCUGAAGAAUCUGAAGCCGUUUUCCACUUACAUAUUUCAACUAGCAGCGCGCAGUAAACACGGCCUUGGAGCGUUCACCAGUGAAAUCACAGUUCAGACUCCACAAACACAGUCCAUACCCCCUCCCCAGGAAGUCACAUGCAUAAGCCCCUCCUCCACAAGUCUAUUGCUCAGCUGGGCUCCACCCCUCACAGAUGAAAAAGGAAGUAUAACAGGAUACUCCAUCCUAUAUGUGGCAGUGGAGAAAGACCUCGUACAAAGGAUCUCGGACAUCCCGUCUAACUGUUUCCGGUACCGGAUAGAGGGGCUGAAGAAAGGGACCCUGUACUCCGUGACAGUUGCUGCCUACACUGACACAGGUCAAGGGCCUGAGAGCCUACCGAUAUUGAUCCGCACAGAGGAAGACGUGCCCAGCGCACCGCCACGGGGUGUGGAUGUGGUGGUCUUAAACACCACCUCUGCCAGAGUGUCAUGGAAACCUCCAGUUGCUGAGCGACAGCAUGGAAGGAUCCGUGGUUACCAGGUGACAUACGCCAGACGAACAGCAGGGGAGAGAACAGUCUCUCCUAGACUUAGGGAACUCCUACUGAGAGACCCGCAGCCACAGAACGACUCGAAACAAUAUGACCUGAUUUUGACCGAUUUGUGGCCGAACACUGAAUACUCUGUGACUGUGGCUGCGUUCACCUCAAAAGGCGAUGGAGCACGCAGCAAACCUACUGUCAUCAGAACUAAGCCAUCAUUGCCAGGUAUGCCCCUGCUUACAGUCACACCAUCGGAGGAUGGUUCUGCUCUGUUAAAAUGGCAGCCUCCCCCUGCUGGUGUGUCCCCUGUGCUGGGCUACAGGCUCUCGUACGGCCAGGCUGACCCGACCUCAGACUCCUUCAUGGUGCAGGAGCUAGACUCUGAGAGACGCAGCUACACCGUCUCGUCUUUGAGCGCAGGGGUGCUGUACGUGUUCCAACUUGCAGCCCGUACUAUAUGGGGUUAUGGUUCAAGCGCUCAGAUCACACUUUUAACACCAAACAUUGUGCAAACAACUACAGAUGACAUGGUAACAGCCCCCGGGACAACAGAUGCUCAGAAUGUGAGCGUACAGGAAGCCAUUCCACUUUUGGCCAACUUAACAGCUGAAAGCAUCAACUCCUCAUCUGUGAUCCUGAGAUGGGAGCCACCAAAAAGCUCUGACCGGAUCCAAGGUUACCGUGUGUGGUUCGCUGUCACCUAUAGUAACGGCACAGACAUUGCCAUGGAAUCGGACGUUUCGGAGGCCACAGUGAUUCUAAAUGGCCUAAGGCCAAAUACUGAGUAUGUGGCGAGAGUAUGCAUGCUUAGUAAACAUGGCCCUGGGCCCUAUAGUGUCCCCAUAUCCAUCAAAACACAACCAGCACAGGAAGUGUUUGCCGUGAACUUCAGAGUGAAAGCUGCUAUGAAGAGUUCAGUGCUGCUGAGCUGGGAGUCACGAACCUCCAGUAAUAAAGCACAGUCUCUUGUUAUCUCAUAUGGUGAUGGUGAGAGCGUGGAGGUGGAUGGGCGGCUCGGACAGAAGUUGGUGACUAAGCUGAAGCCACAGUCUCUCUACACCUUCCUGUUGACCAGUAAAGCUGAUGGCACUGGAGGCCUGCAGCACCGCGCAGAUGCCAUGACGGCUCCAAACCUGCUGACCAGGAAACCCCAGCUGCUGGACAAGACCAGCUCUCAGAGCAUCGCUACCCUGCAGCUGCCCACUGUCCAGGGACAGGCUAAUGUCAGGGGUUUCUACAUUGUGGUUGUCCCUCUGAAGAGGCAGAGAGGAGGAAACUUCCAGAAUUUAUGGAGUGAUCCAGAUGAGAUGAACAUUGAUGAGCUGCUGAGGGAGAUUAACGGCACCGGUCACUCUGUGCGUCUACGGAGGCAGGCGGAGGCAAAACCCUACAUCAGCGCUCAUUUCCAGAAUCUUCCAGCUGAAUUCAAACUAGGAGACGGACGUGUGUAUGGAGCAUUCAUGAACCGACCUCUUGUAAAUGGACAGGAGUGUGUGUGCUUCGUGCUGGCUAUUCUUGAACUGGGCCAGAACACCUUGUACUCCACGAGUCCAUUCUCUGAUGUCGUGCUGUUCUCCGAUGUUGAGCCGCAGCCAAUCGUAGACGAGGAGGAGGGGCUUCUGUGGGUGGUGGGGCCAGUGCUGGCCGUCAUCUUCAUUAUCAGCAUUGUCAUCCUCAUCCUCCUCUUUAAAAGCAAACCAGACAGGAAGCGGGCAGAGCUGGAGGGCAGGAAGUGCAGCUUUCCCAGCAGCAGUAAAGCCAUGAGUUCCCAGCAUCCAUCUGACCCAGUGGAGCUGCGUAGAAUCAACUUCCCAACGGCUGGCAUGACCAGCCACCCUCCAGUGUCCAUCUCAGAACUGCCAGCUCAUGUAGAGAGGAUGAAAGCCAAUGACAGCCUGAGGUUCUCUCAAGAGUAUGAGUCUAUUGAUCCCGGGCAGCAGUUCUCAUGGGAACAUUCUAACCUUGAGAUUAACAAGCCAAAGAACAGAUACGCCAACGUCAUCGCCUAUGACCACACCAGAGUAGCACUCUCCAACAAUGAUGGUGUUCCAGGCGGUGACUACAUCAACGCCAACUUCAUAGAUGGGUACCGCCGACAGGGUGCAUACAUCGCCACCCAGGGCCCCAUGCCAGACACGUUUAGUGACUUCUGGAGGUUGGUGUGGGAACAACACACAGCAAAUAUCAUCAUGAUCACCAAACUUGAGGAGAAAUCCAGGAAUAAAUGUGACCAGUACUGGCCCAGCAGAGGUACAGAGACAUACGGAUUGAUGCAAGUCACUUUACUGGACACGGUGGAGCUUGCAACCUACUGCGUCAGGACUUUUGCUCUUAUUAAGAGUGGGAGUGGCGAGAAAAGGGAGCUUCGUCAGUUCCAGUUUACAGCAUGGCCAGAUCAGGGGGUACCUGAACACCCCACUCUCUUCCUGGCCUUCCUCAGACGGGUCAAAGCCUGCAACCCCCCAGACGCCGGACCCAUUGUGGUCCACUGCAGCGCUGGUGUGGGCCGAACGGGCUGCUUCAUUGUGAUUGAUGCCAUGUUGGAGCGUGUGAAGCAGGAGAAGACGAUAGAUGUUUAUGGUCACGUGACUCUGAUGCGAUCUCAGCGAAACUACAUGGUGCAGACAGAGGAGCAGUACGUCUUUAUUUAUGAGGCACUGCUGGAGGCCGUUUCCUGCGGCAACACAGAGGUUCCGGCACGGAACCUUUACGCCUACAUCCAGAGACUGUCACAGACGGAACCGCCGGAGCACAUCAGCGGAAUGGAGCAGGAGUUUAAACGGUUAGCUAAUGCCAAAGCUCAUAACUCCCGCUUCAUCAAUGCCAGCCUUCCGUGCAAUAAGUUCAAAAACCGAUUGGUCAAUAUCAUGCCAUAUGAGACCACACGCGUGUGUCUGCAACCAAUCAGAGGAGUGGAGGGCUCAGACUAUGUCAAUGGCAGUUUUAUAGAUGGCUACAGGCAACAGAGGGCGUAUAUUGCGACUCAGGGGCCGCUGGCUGAGACAGUUGAAGAUUACUGGCGGAUGCUUUGGGAACACAAUUCUACUAUAGUAGUUAUGCUUACUAAACUCAGAGAAAUGGGAAGGGAGAAAUGUCAUCAGUACUGGCCAUCGGACAGGUCAGCACGCUAUCAGUACUUUGUGGUGGAUCCCAUGGCAGAGUACAACAUGCCUCAGUAUAUACUGCGAGAGUUUAAAGUCACAGAUGCAAGGGACGGUCAGUCUAGAACAGUCCGGCAGUUUCAGUUCACCGAUUGGCCAGAGCAGGGCGUGCCAAAAUCUGGUGAAGGCUUCAUUGAUUUCAUCGGUCAAGUGCACAAAACAAAAGAGCAGUUUGGUCAGGAUGGACCCAUUACAGUACACUGCAGCGCUGGCGUUGGGAGGACAGGUGUAUUUAUCACUCUGAGUAUAGUGUUGGAGAGGAUGCGUUAUGAAGGAGUGGUCGACAUCUUCCAGACUGUCAAAAUGUUGCGUACUCAAAGACCAGCCAUGGUGCAGACGGAGGAGCAGUACCAGUUCUGCUAUCGAGCAGCGCUGGAAUACCUGGGCAGUUUUGAUCACUAUGCAACAUAAAACCUUCCCCUGGACCAAGGGCCACAUCAUCACACACCGAGACCUGCAUCUGAUCAAUGUGACAGCCUCUUUCUGUUGCCCACAGCUCAAGAGUCUGUUUGAUUUCUCUCGACAGCACACAGUUUAAUAGCCAGACAGGGUGGGCAGCUGGGAUACAGCAUUGUCACAACAAAUUGUAGCUCCAAUCAUAUAACUGAAAGUUGUCGAGUCAUAUUUGGGGUGGAUUGAAACUCUGGCAACCAGCCAACAGAGCCAAUGAAAUCACAUGUGCUGUCUGGACCGAUUCAACAGACCAAUGAGAUGCCAAAAGCAAGGGAGGAGACCACAGUCAAACAAUUUAAUGGUACUUUUUACUUCUCAGAAUUCAUUCAACACCAGACCCCAGGUUUAUUGAGGGAUGCAGUCCAGGUUUAGAGUUUCCACUCUUUUUUGUCACCAGUUUGUGGAUAGUGGAUCCACCCACUCACUUAAGAUGAAAUUCAACCACAGCUGAAGUAUCGGUGCUUAUGCUAGUAUCCUGUUUGUUUAUCUGUAGCACACACACUUAGAUAUAUACGUGCAUAUCUAUCACAGAUGAACAAGCUGAAAGCGGAGAUUUGUUUAAAAACAAAUGUGCAAUACUGAACGUGAACCGCACCUUCAAGUUUAAAACCACUCAAGUAUUAGAGAUAUUCUCACUGUAAUUGUAUCGUCUCAUUAAUCCUAUAUAAUAUAAAGUAUAAAAUAAAAUGUUAUUAUGCAUAUUAGCACAUUAUAUAUAUAUAUUAAAAAACUAUCAAUGUAUUGAUUGAUAUUUAUACUAUGUGAGUGAGGUACUUGUCAAUGCACAUAAGUUACAAAAAGUACUGAUUGCAGUAACAUUUAAAGACUUUUUUAUUAUUUAUAACUUACCAAAACAGAUGCUUUCAAUCAGGUUUGGAAGUUCAAAUGGCACCAGACUCUCUAAACAUGAGGUGACACGUUUAAAACAAUAACAAUGGAUCAUUUGACACUGGUAGUGCCUUAUCAUAGUCACAUGUUUAAAAUGGUUUCGCUAUUAAAGUUAUAUGUUCCACAUUUAUGGAUAUGAACCUGCUUUUAUGGAAAAAAAGAAGAUAAUUAAUGCAACUGAAUUAAAUUCAGUUACAUCCAUCAGAGUGAAUUAUAUAUAUUUCACAUAUUUCACAUCAAGACCAAUUUUAAUUUAAUCAAGUACUGCCAAGAUGACUAGACCAUGAUAUUACUGAAAGCCAAUAUGUGUCCAUUUUUGAGAGGAUGCACGUUUAUUGUAUCUAUAUUGGGCCAAGAGAACUGCUUAUUCCAUUACAUAUAUAAUAGCUAUUAUAUUAUAAAUGAUUUGUAUUUGAAAUUAUAAUGGAGUGUGGAACAGGAAAUAGACUAUACCGCUGCAGGAAACGUUCAUUUCUAACUGUUACUGUCUGUAUUCUUGUUUAUCAGCAUUAUGAUAGUAUCAGUGAUGUUAGUGUGUUAACAUCAACAACAAAAAGGCCAUUUUUCAUGCUGGUGAGGACGCAUUCGAAAAGGGGAAUUCAAAACUCAGAGCUAGUCGCUUCAAAUGACAUUUUAAAAGACUUUUCACUUUUCACAGUUGGAUGUCUAGAAUUUGGUUCAGAAAACAUUGAUGCAUGAUGAAUUAGAUCUACAACUUUGGCAACAAACUGUCACAUAAAAAUGGCCCUCACGUGUCUGUAUCAACAUCAUGGACCACAACAGUCUCAAGGUUAUGGUUUUGGAUAUGACCGCACUGUUGUUCUAUGCACUAACCCUUAAUAUUUCUUCAACACAGAAUGUUAUUUGUACUGAAUGAGAUUAAUUUUACAGUGUUGCUCACAGUGUGUGCAUGUUAAGAGAAACACAAGUUUUGGUUCCAAAGCUUAAGAGAUAAUAUGUGCAUAAUGUUAUUGUUGAAACCGAUUGUUUAAUAUGAGUGGUUUUCCUUCUAGUCCAGUCGUAAUAGUCACGAGGAAGUCUGGUCACUGCAAACUUCAGCUCAUUUCCCUUUGGGUCUAAGGAAAUGUUUUAGUUUCUUUACAGCAUCUUUGUCUUUGUGUACUUUUAUUUUUUUUAAAACAGAGUUGAGUUAGUUUUGUAUUUGAAAAUCUAACAUGCAAAUCUUCCACUAUCUACCUUCUCCAUACUGUUACAUCUUACAGCGUAUUAAUAUCACAACCAAGUUUCAGGGGUUUUCAAAUGUCAACUUUUGUUGAAACUAGCUAUGCUUAUAUUUUCAAGAGGAUGUCAAUUAGCAUUUGUUUAAUGGCACAUCAUUAAAAAGUCAUCUAUUUUCCAGUGCAUGACAGUCACCAUUUGUACAGAGGCGAAGGCACCCUCAGAUUUUGAUGAAUCAUGACAUUGGUUUAUGUGAAAAAUAAAACUAGCACAAUCUGUAUCAUGUAAUCUGACCAAAUAUCCAUUUUCAUAUUGUCGAGCGUUGUGAGUGGUUUUACAGUUUCACCCAUCAACAAUUAAUGUGAAACACAAAAGGGAAAUCUUUUACCUCUGGUUUUUGUAGUAAAUGUAAAUAUUUCAGAGGACAUUUUCUUUUUUUAAUUUUCCUACUUUAUGUUGUAAGGACAGAUGUGUGAGGAUACAAUUGUAUUGGAAAAGUUUUAUUUGUUACAAAUAAAAUGGUAAGAACUUG